UCAUGCACAAACACUUGUGGGGAAAAAAUCACCUUAUCCGCAGCUUGCUCGUCGCCAACAUGGCCCUUCUCACAACAGUUUUCCUCUUCCUCUCCCUUCUCCUUUCCUCCGCCGCCGCCGACACAUGCUCUCAGCCAUCCGACGACCCCUCCCGCCUCUCCGUCAUCCCCAUCUACAGCAAAUGCUCCCCAUUCCCUCCCCCACCCCCUGCCGUCGCCACCUCCUCCCUCCUAGACACCGUCAACCACCUCGCUGCCAAAGACCCCGCCCGCCUAACCUCCCUCGUCUCCGCCUCCGCCGCCGCCGUCGCCCCCAUCGCCCCCGGCCAACACCUCCUCAACACCGCCAACUACGUCGUCCGGGUCAAACUCGGCAGCCCGGCCCAAACCUUCGCCAUGGUCCUCGACACCAGCAGCGACGCCUCUUUCGUCCCUUGCUCUCCUUGCUCCGGCUGCUCCUCCUCCUCCGCGGCCGCCGCCUUCUCCCCCAACGCUUCCUCCACCUUCGGCUCCCUCGACUGCUCCGUCGCCCAGUGCUCCCAGGUCCGGGGCGGGUCCUCAUGCCCCGCAACCGGACCCGAACCCGCCACGUGUCUCUUCAACCAGUCCUACGGCGGGGACUCCUCCCUCUCCGCCGCUCUAGUCACCGACUCCCUGACCCUCGGGAACGACGUCGUCCCGGGUUUCGCGUUUGGGUGCGUCCGCUCCGUUUCCGGAGGGUCCAUCCCGCCGCAGGGACUGUUGGGCCUGGGCCGAGGCCCUCUCUCGCUUCUCUCCCAGACUGGGCCGCUGUAUUCGGGGGUUUUCUCCUACUGCCUGCCCAGCUUCAGAUCUUACUACUUCUCCGGCUCGCUUAAACUCGGCCCAGUGGGCCAGCCCAAGUCCAUCCGCACCACCCCGCUGCUCAAGAACCCGCACCGCCCCUCGCUCUACUACGUCAACCUAACCGGAAUCAGCGUGGGUCGGGUCAGGGUGCCCGUCGACCCGAAAUCGCUGGCGUUCGACCCGAGUACUGGGGCGGGUACGGUCAUCGAUUCGGGCACGGUGAUAACCCGGUUCGUGGAGCCCGUGUACGCGGCGAUACGGGACGAGUUCAGGAAGCAGGUGAAGGGUCCCUUCUCCAGCCUGGGAGCGUUCGACACGUGUUUCGGGGAGGCGGCGGAGGCGCCGGCGAUCACGCUGCGGUUCGAGGGGCUGAACCUGACGCUGCCGAUGGAGAACAGCUUGAUUCACAGCAGCUCCGGGACGGUGGCGUGCCUGUCGAUGGCGGCGGCGCCGAAUAACGUGAACUCGGUGCUGAAUGUGAUAGCCAAUCUGCAGCAGCAGAACCUCAGGAUAUUGUUCGAUGUCAAGAACUCUGUGGUGGGGAUUGCUCGUGAGCUCUGUAACUAGAUAACAGGAUGCUGCUCUUCCUAUUAUCCACAUUUCAGGUUACCCAAAACAAAAAAAGAAAAACAGAGGAAGGUGUCUUCUCUGUUUUCGUUUGUGUUAAAUGCAAGUUUGACAAGCUUCUUCACUUUGUUUGUGUUACGCCUUAAUUUUCUUCUAAAUCUUAUUCCAUCAUUUAAACUACAAUGCAGCGUUCACCACCAUGAUAGUUUAUCUGUGAUGACUGAUGAUAAAGGUGAAAGUGUUGUUGAUUAGGAACCAUUCCGCACAUGCUAAUGAUUUUGAAAGUAGCAAAGACUGCAAACCAAAACUGCAACCACUAGGACAAUGAACAAUACAGCAGAAACUUCACAUCUCAAAUAUUCUCAAUACAUUCCAACAUCAUUUUCCUUGCAUUCGACAGAAGUAGAACUCCUACCAAAACCUAUUAAGCUGGCUACAAUAACUAAGCGUACCGUUUGGUACAAAUGAAUUCAAUAAGUUUUG